UUGUAAGCGUGAAACCAAGUACAUAGAAGAGUUGUUGGUUGUGAAGUAUAUUUUAAAAUAUAAUAUUUACGAAUCGUUCGUACUAAUAAUGUCUGUUACCACACGUAUGUCCUUGGCAAUGGGAAAGCAUGUGGCAAGAAUCCGAGGGAAACCAAAACAUAAUAUGUCACUUAGUACUUCAUGUAUUAUUGCAAAUGAACCAUUGACAAAGACUGUACAAUAUGAUGGUGUUCGUAAAAUAAUCAUGUCAAGUCAAAAAACAAGGAAUGCACUGUCCAUGAAAAUGAUGGAAGACUUGAUUGCAGGCAUCACCUGCAAUCAGAAUGACCCUUCUCUCAGGUGUAUUUUACUGUAUGGAGAAGGACGGGUGUUCUCAGCUGGCCACAAUUUGAAAGAACUGACAAGCAAAGAUGGGUCUGAAUUCCACCAUGAGGUUUUUGCAACCUGUUCUCGUCUGAUGCUAGGCAUCUUACAGUGUCCUGUGCCUGUCAUAGCUGUUGUUCAAGGACUGGCUGCUGCUGCUGGUUGCCAACUUGUUGCUAGCUGUGACAUUGCAAUUUGCUCUGAUAACAGCUCCUUCUCAACUCCAGGAGCAAACUUUGGAAUAUUCUGCUCUACACCUGGAAUUGCUGUUGGUCGUGCAGUGCCAAAAAAAGUAGCAGCACACAUGUUGUUUACAGGUCUUCCUCUUUCAGCUGAAGAAGCUUUAAGAGCAGGCCUUGUGAGCAAAGUUGUUCCUGCAGAAGAUCUAGAAGAAGAAGUGAGGAAGAUAGUGGAUUCAAUAUGUAACAAAAGUCGUGCUGUCAUUGAACUUGGCAAGAAGUUUUUCUAUCAGCAAUUAGAAACUGAUAUAAGAACUGCGUACAGAAUGGGUGAGGAAAUAAUGGUAAAUAACUUAGCGAUGUCUGAUGGCCAAGAAGGAGUUCGCAGCUUCAUAGAAAAGAGGAAGCCUUGUUGGACGCACAGCUCAGAAAAAUGCCACUAAUGACCAGCUAUUGCUUCUCUAAUUGUAAUAAUUGUUACAUAAGUUAGUCUGCUUUUGCAUGCAGUUGGGUCUAAAGGUAAGAAUUGUAGCUGCCUGUGGAAUUCUGUUCCUGAAGUAAGAUGUUGCUCAUUCAGAAAAUCCUAAGUAGCAGGUAUAGACCUUUAAUGGUAUCAUUGUGUGUGAAGGAUGCUAUACACUUUAUUUAUUUUCCAGUUGUUUCCAUAUUGUGUAAAUGAGGAGAAUUUUAUUAUUAAGUAACAAGAAAUACUGUACAUAAAAGUUAUUUCUCGAUUCCUCAGUUACUAGUGCUCAACAAUUGCUACGUGCCAAUAAUAGUUAAGGAAUAUUCUGACAAGUCAGAAUUUUGCUUUAAAAAUGAAUCAAUAGUAUAAGAAUGAUAUUCCUAUGGUAAUUUUCUCACAUUUAAUGAAUACAAUGUAGGUAAUAAGUUACAUUUUACUUUUUGAAGAUUUAUGUACCUAUCACAGAAAAGGAAAUGAUAUGGAAUUAACUGUAGACUUUUUAGUGACACAUUGUAGUACGUAGUGUGUUGCAAAGACAAGAUUAAUAAUUGUUCCAAUAUUCUGUAUUUUUACAGAACUUUCUCUUUAGACUGAGCAUGGAAUUGAUAUUUAUAUCUAUGUACACCAAAAUUUUGUAUUGUUCAAUCUGACAUGAGAAUUGUUACAUCUAUUGAAGCAUACUUGUUGAAUAAUAGACAUAUUAGUGAUUGUUAUCUCUUAUAGCUGUAGUUGUUAAGAACAGUCUUUGUUCCUUGUCACCAAUUUACAGUGUCCUGGAUUGUUAUUGAUAUUUUCAAUGAAAACUGUUAUUAAGUAACUAGAAGUAAUGUAUUUGCACAUAUGUAAAAGGCUUAUGAAGUUUCAUAAUUUGUAACUUUCAAAAUUAAUUUAGCAAGCAAGCAUUUUUAUUGUAAUUACAGUAAAUGAAAACUAGAAAGUCAUAAAAUGUGAGCUUUCUCUCAAUCUGUUAAAUAACUUAGACAAUACAAGUUAAGUCGUGCCAUAAGUUAAUGUAUUUAACUAUUUUGACAUAUGGCAAUACAAGGCUGUGGAAUAAUGCUCAUACUUGUUACAGUUAACAUUUAAAAAUUGUAAAUAUUUUAUGAAGAAAAGAAAAGUAGUUUCAGAUUGCUAUAUCCUGUAACAGUGCAAUAUAGAUGUUUCUUCAGAAAAUGGACUUUUUCAUAGUGCUCGUUGGAAUGACUUAAAUAUAAUCAUUUUUUGUGAUACUGAUUAUUGUAAUGUCAGUUUUGAGUGAUAAUUCAUUUAUAAGUGUGAUCAUAACAAAAAUUUCAUGGCUGUUGCUGUACUCUGUGAGGUCUUCAGUAUGUGAAGGUUUAAAUUUCUCUUUCUUCUCUUACAAUGGAAAAUCGAGGAUGGGAUGUAACAAUAUUAUGAAGAAGAUAGUUGCUACUCACCAUAUAAUGGAAAUGCUGAGUCACAGAUAGGCACAACAAAAAGGCUGUUGGAUAGUGAGCUUUAGGCCAACAAAGCCUUUGUCGAAAAUAGACAACACACACACACACACACACAUACACACACACAUACAAACAAAUGCAGUUCACACACGCGUGACCACAGUCCCUGGCAUCAGGAGCCAGACUGCAGCUUCAGUUGCCAGUGACUCUGGUCAUGUGUGUAUGAGUUGUGUUUGUAUGAGUUUGUGUGUGUAUGUUGUCUGUUUUUGACGAAGGCCUUGUUGACUGAAAGCUCACUUUCUGACAGUCUUUUUUUACCUGUCUGUGACUCAGCAUCUCUGUUAUAUGGUGAGUAGCAACUAAAUUUUUCAUAAUAUCAUUCUUCUCCUACUGUAUUGUUUCUUAUUUUCUGCAGAAAUCAGCAUUGAAUUAACAGUAUUUUUGCUAAAGCAUGCAUUUUUUUCAGUUAUUAUUGCUGUUACAUCUGAGAGCCGAAAAUGUGGACUUUAUUUGUAACAUGUAACUAUUAUAGGUUGUUUAUUGUAUGUUGCAUAUUAUGGCUGCUUCAGUAUCUGUCAUUGUCACAUGUCUUAAUGCCCAACGCAAUUCAUUUAUGUGGUGUUGCAUCAUCUUAGGUAGCCACAUUUUAUAAAAUACAAUGCAAUUAUUGUGGGGAUUGUCUUGCAUAACUUGAUCUUCAAAAUCUCUAUCAAAUGGUUGUCUCAGAGAGGUGCUAUAAAGACCUACAAUUUCAUUGGUAAAUGUCCAGGGCUCAGGAAACUGACAUCCAAAUUUUAUUAUCUGACUAUGCAGUUUAGUGAACUUUUUGAGUGUUUAUGCUGUGUCACAUGUUAUGAAAUCCUGAUAUAUUUUGCCAUGUGAAACCAUUUUAAUUAAUUUGUUUCUCACAGCACCAGUUGCUAUCGUUUAUCUUUCAGAAUUCUGACUUGAACAUUUUCAGUCAUAUCUAAACUUCUUCAUGUGUUAUGAAGUCCUGGUGUAUUCAUAAACAGGAGACCAUUGCAGUUCUUAUUUUAUCAGAGUAACAAUAUAAAUUGUCCUCUUAUAUAUAAACUACAAUAAAAUUCCACCAGUUUUGUGAUGAAGUUUUCAAUAUUCAUGCCCAUGAUGUGUUCUCCAAAUCUCUCUCUUUUUGUGUGUGUGUGUGUGUGUGUG